AUCUCUUACUAGUCUGUGGUCAUGGCAUAGUCCGGACGUCAUGUCAUGUCAUGGUACUAAUAUAACGUUUCGUUUAAUGUUCUCUGCCUGUGGUUUUGUUUUCCAUUAUUGUUUGUUGGGCGGACUUUUUUAGUUGGCAUCAAUUAUUAUCCGAUGUUUUUACAAUAAACUGAAGAAUUUAUCAUAUACAGGUGUUCAUAAUAAUCGUGGCGUAUGCCGCUUAAAUAUACGUGAAAGAAAAUGAAAGAAUGGAAGAAUUUAUUCCCAAAUAAAGAGGCCUUCAUAGUUUUUGCUUUAUACAUUAUAUUAUUUGUAUUUCAAGGUGUAUUCGUAACUGCUUCAAAAACAGCAAAUGGCGGCUAUGAUUACAAUACAACACUGGUUGUUUUCUUAUCAGAACUACUGAAACUUAUUGCAUCAGCUACGCUAUACUCAUACAGAAGAGAGCAAAAACCACACAUAUGCAAGGCGAUUGUGAUAAAUUAUAAGUUAUUACUUCUAUACUUCAUUCCAUCACUAUUAUACUGUUUCUACAAUAAUUUGGCAUUCGUAAACUUAUCACAUUAUGACCCUACAUCAUACUACAUCCUGUUACAAUUCAGGGUUGUAUUAACUGCCUUACUUUUCCAGUUUCUGUUCAAGAAAAAUUUGACGCUAUACCAGUGGAUAUCUUUAGGCAUAUUAACACUAGGAUGUAUGAUAAAGAACUUCGACGCCGCGUCCGUAAACAACAGCACCCCAGAGGACAAAGGGCUCUGGUCUCAAGUAUUCAACAUUUACUUUUUGUCAAUCAAUUUUCAAAACUUCUGCUCAUGCCUGGCAGGCACAUACAAUGAAUAUUUAUUAAAAACAACAGGAUCCAAUGUAGAUAUAUUUCUACAGAAUGUCUUUAUGUAUCUAGACUCUGUUUUAUGUAAUUUCGUUAUUUUGAUGAUCAAGGGUGAAGUAUAUACAAUAUUUAAUGACUUUAAAAGUUUGGCCAAUAUAUUUGUCAUUCUUAUUACAAUUAAUAGUGCAGUAGUCGGCAUAGUCACAAGUUUCUUCUUGAAAAACCUAAAUUCGAUAUUGAAAACAUAUGCCAGUGCUUUAGAGCUGAUUAUAACAGCUGUGGUAUGUUACAUAAUAUUUCAUAUAUUAAUUACAUGGAGUACAAUAGUGUCAAUCUGCCUAGUCAGUAUCGCGGUAGCAAUGUACUUUAAAAAUCCUGUAAAUAAUACUAAUAAUAAUUCAAAUGGGUUUGACAGAGAUAAGAAACCUCUUUUAGAUGUAGUCACAGAGGCAUAACCGAUUAUAUGUGAUCUUUAAUUAUUUUGUAAACCCAGUACCAUUUGUUUAAUUAAGUUAGGUUCUUAUUUGUAAUAGAUUUUUACCAUAUCUGACUUGUAUAUCUCAAGAAAGUAAGUGACAGUAUUACUUUUAAAAUCAUUUUUGUUUUAUAUGCUGACUUUACUCAGAAUAAUUUUAAUAUAGGUAAUUAUAAUUAAAAAGUUGAGGUAUUGUACUAUGUUCUUUACACAUGGAAAAAUAUGUGCUACAAGCUAUUAGCCUGCAAUUUAAUGAAUCUCAUUAUUUAAAUAGAUCAUGUGUGUCAUAGUCAUAAUUAUGACACAAUUGUGUGUCUAAUUAGACGGAAGCUUUUUCCUAGUAUGUGAUACGCGCGGGCCUAUUUUGUGGCAUAGUUGUCCAUCAAAGUGCUCAAACUUCCAAACUAAGCCUUCAGAGCUCACUUUUUGCAUCCUUGCAAUAAUUUUCAAUUAUAAAAGGCAAUAUUAUUAUAUUAGAUAAAUACCAUAUAACAUUUAUGUUUUUAAUUUUAGUUAUUAUUUUAGAUAGCAGUAUUGUGAGGCUGUGGUAAGAAAUGCAAGAGCUCACCAAUUAGGUAAUUUGGUAAAUUACCAAUUUAUAUUUAUACACUUGGCAAACUAAACUACAAUAAUUAUAUAAUUCUUACUACGUUUUGUUGACAUUUGUUUCUUAAAAUGUGAAAGAAAAACAAAGAAACCAACAUUGUACAUUCUAAACUCUGCCAUAUUUUAAAUUACCUGGCCAAAGAUUUAUUACUUUUAUGCUUAGUGUGAAGAUGGCUAUUUGUAGAAAUACUUUUGUAAUUACAAAAUAAAAAGAAAUUACAGAUUUAAA